AUGAAGGCCUCGGAACCCGCCCCCGGUGUAGAGACUGCACCUGGGGGAAGAUCGUUACAGUCUCUAGCAGAAGCGAGUGAGGCGAGUGGCACUCCUCUGCGAACUGGCACCACAAGGCCACGAAGCUUGUUCAGGAAUACUCUGGGUGAAGGCUUGGAUCAGUCAGAAGUGGGUGAUCCCGCCCGAACCUUGGAACAUAGGAGGCAGCGUUGGACCAGGGAAAUGAACCAAAGUCUGAUGAACGCUUAUUAUCUAGUUACUGAGGGAGAAACCAAAACAAAAAAGUACGCCGCAAACCUGGCAGAGAAAUGGGAAUCAAUUUAUCCUGAUAAAAGAUUCACAGGAAAACACCUGAUAGCUCAAAUCAAAAACAUUAAGACUCGCAAAUUGCUCUCUCCGGAUGAGCUCGAAACGAUUAAAGGAGAUGCAACAAGUAAUUCACCACGAAGGAGGAUUGAUGACAUUAGGAGAAGCAUCCAUCGACAGAGCACCAAUACUUGGCAAGGAAACAUCAAUCAAUCAAACGAUUCAGACGACCAACUGACGACAGUGGAGAUGGAACCAGAUGAGGCUAUGCUUGAGAUCCGAGAGUUAUUUCAGGGGGAGAGUCAGAAGUGGGAGGGGAUGAUGAUGGAGAAUAGACCAAGAAUCCCCAAACUGAGACAAAGCAAGGAUACCAGAACAAUUAUGGUUGCCAUUAAUAAUGCCCUAAAAGAAAUACUGAAUAAUUCCGAAAAUUUUGAAGAAUUAUGCCAUAGAGUAUACUGUGCAGCAAUGAUGGCAAACAACCUGCAAAGCUCAGAUUCAGUAUCAAAAUCCCAGAAGAAGCCUCAACAGCACAAGCCCCCAUGGGAAGAGAGAUUAGAACAAAAGAUAAAUAUCCUACGUAAAGAGAUCGGUGCCUUCCACGCCUACCUACGAGAAAAAGAGGCAAGCAAAAAAGUGAAAAAGAAAGUGCAGAACUACACUAAAAAAUUGAACAUGUAUGAAAGUGAUCCUCAAUAUAAAGAUAAAGUGACGACUCACCUAGAAACCCUCAAACAAAAAAUAUCUACACUAGGUAGUAGAUUAAGACGAUAUCACAAAAGAACGCAACGCUAUCGCCAAAACAAUCAAUUCACUAGCAACCAGAAGAGUUUCUUUAGGGAUCUACAAAAACAGCAAAACCACCAAGCAAAUCUGCUAUCUCCGCGCUAUGAACCCGAAAAAUUUGUACGCCAUUGGUCAAAGAUAUGGUCAGAGGAAAAGAGUCACAACAGCAAAGCCAAUUGGAUAGAAGGGGAGAAAAAAGAACACUAUAAUCUAGCCGAAAUGCCUUCCAUCAUUGUUACGGAGGAUGAAGUCACUGCGACGAUUAAGAGAAUGAAAAAUUGGACGGCGGCUGGAAUAGACAGUGUACAUAAUUAUUGGUGGAAAUCACUGCCGUCCACCCACACAGCACUGGCUCGACUCAUCAAUGAAGCACUGGAGAACCCAAAUAGCAUUCCCAAACACUUUACCCAUGGAGUUACCUAUAUGAUACCUAAAAAAGGAGACCCAACGAUACCUGACAGUUAUAGACCGAUAACCUGUCUUCCGUCAGCGUAUAAGAUCAUCACUUCAACAAUUGGCCAGAAAAUCCGGAUCCACCUGAAAACCAAUAACCUCAUGGCGUGGGAACAGAAUGGAUGUGAAAAGAGCGGUAAAGGCAGUAAGGAACUAUUGAUAAUUGACAACUUAAUCACUAAACAGGCAAAAAGAAAACAAAAAAACAUCUCAAUGGCCUGGAUAGAUUACCAAAAGGCAUUUGACUCUGUUCCCCACUCUUGGCUUCUUGAAAUCCUGAGAAUAUAUAAGGUGGACCCGAAGAUAAUUUCAUUUUUCCAAUUCCUUAUGUCGACCUGGCGGACUUCACUAAGACUCGAGGGUAGUUCGGAGCUGAACAAAUCGCCCGCGAUAAUGAUCAAGAGGGGUAUAUUCCAAGGUGACAGCUUUAGCCCUUUAUGGUUCUGUCUGGCCAUGAACCCUCUCAGCAGUAUGUUAAAUAGAUCAUCGUAUGGAUACUCCUUAGACGCAGAAAAAAAAUUAACACACCUGUUUUAUAUUGAUGAUCUCAAACUAUAUGCUAGAGGUCGACAACAACUGGAAGGGGAGCUCGAGUUGGUACGAAAGUUUAGUGAAGAUAUAGGUAUGAGGUUUGGUCUGAACAAGUGUGCGACAGUCAGUGUGAAAAGAGGGAAGCUGGAAAGGGUCGAAAGUAUUCUCUUGACAGACGGACAAGCAUUGGCCAACUUAGGGGCAGAACAAAGGUAUAAAUAUCUAGGAGUUCAACAAACGUAUGAGAUUAGGCAGCGAGAAAAUAAGGAAGAAGUCGAAAAAGAACUGAUAAAAAGAGUAAGAACAAUACUGAACACACAGUUAACAGCUAAAAACAAAAUAACUGCACUGAACAUUUGGGCAAUACCAGCUUUCACCUACACGGCUGGAAUUCUCACCUGGUCACGGACGGAUCUAGAAAGGCUCGACAGAAAGAUCAGAACCACUUUGACGCAGUUUGGCUUACUACAUCCAAACUCCGCUAUUGAAAGGCUCUACAUACCACGCAGAGAUGCAGGGCGGGGUCUGAUCAGCUUGGAGGACGGUUACCUGAAAGAGGAAGAAAAGUUAAAAACAUAUUUUGUCAACAAGAACUUACCUGUGCACCAGUGGGUGGCAGCUCAGCGAUAUUCCACCGCAACUCCAGGGUUAAACAACGAGCAGGAGCCGGAAAGAGAAAACAUGGUAGAGAAAUGGAAGGAUAACUGGCGUACCAAACCUCUCCAUGGACGAUUUUACUCCAGCUUACACCAAAUAGAUGUCGACUUACCGAGCACAAAUAUUUACCUUACUCAGGGCUAUCUCUACCCUCAGACUGAAGGCACGUUGAUGGCAAUACAAGAUCAGGUUGUCCCGACGAGAGUCUAUGCAAGACACAUAAUGAAGAUAGACACGGAAACAACAAAAUGCAGACUCUGCAAUAAUGCCGAGGAAUCAGUGCAACACCUUUCUUCAGGAUGUUCUAGUAUAGCCGGCACUAAGUACUUAAGUCGGCACAACAAUAUGGGGAAAGUUGUACAUCAGCUCCUUUGUCUCAAAGAACGAUUACUACAGGGUUUUACCCCGCUCUCAAAGGCUUAUGGCGAAAAAAUAACGAAAUACGAAGCCUUAUCAAGACAGAUGAAGAGCACCUACCAACUGAAUAACGUAAAAGUAAAGCCACUGAUUAUUAGCUGUAACGGGUUGGUGCACCGAAAAACAGUAAAACAUCUACUUGAGAUGGAUCUCCCCCAUAACACCAUUGCAUGGAUGCAGAAGGCCGUAAUUUUGGGAACGGUCAACAUAAUACGGCAAGUACUUUUCCCUCAUUAA